AUGCAGGGUAUACGUUGCGUAGCGCCACGUGUUAAGAAAAGAGAGGAGAGAGGAGAGAGGAGAGAGGAGAGAGGAGAGGUGAAGACGAUUUCGAGGUUUCUCUGCUUCGGUUUCGAACAUGUGUGGCCAUCGCUGGAUCCGAUUACUCCGUCAUCUACCGGUUACAGUAUUCUAACUCGCGAUUACUCUAAGAUCCAUAAAAUAGCAGACAAGGCUGUGCUAUCUUCCUCUGGCUUUCAAGCUGAUGUGAAAGCGCUUCAGAAAGUUCUCAAGUCAAGGCACUUGGUUUAUCAGCAUCAGCAUAACAAGCAGAUGAGCUGCCCUGCAAUGGCUCAGCUUCUCUCCAACACUCUUUACUUCAAGCGAUUUUUCCCUUACUAUGCCUUUAAUGUUCUUGGAGGUCUUGAUGAGGAAGGAAAAGGCUGCGUCUUUACUUAUGAUGCAGUGGGUUCAUAUGAGAAGGUUGGAUAUAGUGCUCAAGGCUCUGGUUCCACUCUCAUUAUGCCCUUCCUUGACAACCAGCUCAAGAGUCCUAGCCCGCUUUUGCUUCCUGCCCAGGAUACUAUCACACCUCUUUCCAAGCCUUGAUUUGGUUAAGAUUGGAUAAUGAGCAAUGGGAUAUACAAGAGUCCGGUUCAUAGAGUGGUGACUAACAUGGAAAAGGAAAGGAUAUCUGUGGCAACGUUUUGUGUUCCUGGUGCGGACCAAGAGAUUCAACCUGUAGAGGCGCUUCUGACUGAGACAAGACCAAGAUUGUAUAAGACAGUUAAGAAGUAUGUUGAGUUCUACUUUGAAUACUAUCAACAGGGUCGAAGACCAAUCGAAGCUGCUUUGAUCUGAUGAUACUUUUCAAGUCUUGUUCUUGGUUUUUCACAAAUGAAUCUGUUUCUUUCAUUACUAGAUAACUAAAGAGAAUAAUACAGUUGCUUUGUUUUU